AUGAAAGAAGCAGAUUUCACAAAGCAAAUACAGCGCCUGGUAAACUUCAUUCUGAAGGAGGCCGAGGAUAUAUCUAUUGAAAUGGGCGUCAGCAGUGAGCAGGAAUACCAUAGUGUGAAAUCGCAGCUUAUACAAUCUGGGAUUGACAAAAUCAAUCAAGAAUAUGAGAGAAAGGAAAAGCAUCUGAAAAUUCGACAGAAAAUAGAGUAUUCUAAGCACCUGAAUUCAUCCCGCCUCCAAAUUCUUCAGGCCCAAGAUGAUUUGAUUUCAGGCAUGAAACAACAAGUCAAAAAAGAACUUGUGGGUAUUAUUCAGGACAAUCGUUUGUAUAAAAAACUUCUCAAAGAUUUGAUUUUGCAAGCUCUUUUUAGGUUGAAUGAGCCUGCUGUAAUAUUAAGGUGCAGAGAAGACGAGUGGUUAAUGGUUGAAUCUGUUAUAGAAGAAGCAAAGCAGGAAUAUUCAGAGAGGGAAAAAAUUGAUGAAAUUGUUUUGGAUCAUAAGUUUUUUCUUCCGCCUGCUCACGGGCCUGAUCUUUGUUGUAGCGGAGGUAUUGUCAUGGCUUCCAAAAAUGGCCAAAUUGUGUGUGAUAAUACAGUCGACAAAAGACUGGAUAUUGUAUUCGCCCAGAAACUUCCAGAGAUUUUUGGCCAUUCUUCUGUUUAG